CCGAAAGCCUUACAACCAGGAAGUGAUUUUGUUUUUAGGAAGUGGCUUUGCCCAAACUUUCAAAAACUGGUUCCUAUUCUUCAACCUGACAAGUAAGCCCCACUGAACGAUCACAUUUAUUUAUAAAAUAAUUCAGCCAAUUUGAUUAUUUGUGAACUGUUCUGUGACCUGGGAGCCCCACCGAUCUGAUUGGGGUCUGCAAAGAUGCCCCUGUUCCGAGCCUCUGGGGACCAGAGGGUGAAAGCUCAGCCCAAGUGGAGGAAGACGAGGCGCAGUCGGGUGAUGGAUGAGGAUGACUCUGUGCCUACACUGACUCGGCUUUGUCUACUGAGCUUGGCUGACAAUAUGAAGAAUGUGUGGGUGAAAGAUUACGCUGAUAACUACAUAGAUCAUUAUUCUUUCCUUCACAUCAUGGGACCUUUCAAUUUGCUCUCUGGCGAGUUGGUGGAAGAGCUGACACGUUUGCUGUGCUCGAGAAGGAAGCUUUCCCGUGCUGCCCUCCAUCUACUGAUAGUACCCCAGCUGAGAGGCCUAUCCCUGGAGACCUGUCCCGGCCUAGUUACCUCUGCCCUGUGUGCCAUGAUUGCUGCACGCUGCCAGGGCCUGCGCAACCUCAGCCUAUCUGGAGCUCAACAGCUACCUUCCAGGGCGCUGUCAGACACCCUGCGCUGUCUACCUGCCCUGCGUUCACUUUCCCUGGCGGGCACUUCAUGUGACGCCGGUGUCAUCAAGACCAUCGUCCUCUGCUGCCCUUUACUUCGCCAUUUGGAUGUAUCCGGAUGCCACUUACUCUCUCCCGCUGCGCUCCUUCCCCUCGGCGGUUUCAGUUCUUUGUCUAAAUGUUCGCCUUCUGGCUCUUCCUCUUCCACAUCUGCGUCUCCGCUGCGUCUGUGUAGUUUGCUCGCUCUUGAUAUUGGCUUCGGGGAAGAGGAGGGAGACCUUCUCGCGUUAGUGGCGUACCUGCUCCUUGCUCUGCCUUACCUAGAGAGAUUGGCUGUGGAGAACCUCUUGCAGGCUUGCUGGCUGAUCCAGCACAGAGACUUUACAAAGGUGGAUGCAUUCGCCAGUAGAGAAAGACUGCCUAGGUUGGAGGAAGUGUGGAGGGAGAGCAGGCGCUCACAGCAGACAUCUAAGACGGCGAGUGCCGAAGCGCAAGAUGUGAGUGAAAGUGAGGAUGAUGAGGAAGGUUGCUCUCAGAAUGAUGCAAAGGAAAUAGGCAGUGAUGAACGUCUAACACUGCGCUUAAGAGAUGUGAAACAUUUAACAUGUGAGUCUCUGGACAUUUUUGGCUGUUUGUGCCCAAACAUCACUUCUAUAUCUGUGAGAGUUGAAGAGGAAGAGAACGAUGGAGGAAGAAGUUUGCCCUCUCUUUUGGCAACAGGGCUGCAGUCGUGGUCAGGUCAGCUGAGAAGUCUCUCCGUGCAGCACCAAGGCCCUCUCCAGGAUCUCCUCCCUGCCUUGCAAGUGUCAGGUUCCUCCCUCGUGUCACUCACCUUGGAGGGAGUGAAAACGAACCCUCAGUCACCGCUACUGGAGCUCAUCCGGGCCUGUCCCAAACUCAAAGACUUGCUCAUCCGCGCAGAGCCUCCCACCCCGGCUCUGCAUGGAGAGCCGGAUGAGCGCGAGCUUCCAAGUCUGCCCAACCUUUGCUCUCUGACACUCAAUUUCUCAUAUGGGCAUCACCAAAUGCGGCCUCCCAUGUCCUGGAUGUCUUUGAUGAGGGUGAUCUACUGCCUCCUGACUGGUUCCCCUUUACUCCAGAGGCUCUCCUUGGUCUCUUUACCGUGUCGACUCAACCAUAUUCUGCAAAAUGUACUGCGGUCUGGCUUCCGACACCACUCUUUAGGGAGCUUCUGCUCACUGUGUUCUCAAACCACUCGAAAGAGUGACACACCUUGACCUGCAAAGAACCGAUGUUGAGAUGAUUACUGUGAAAGGCAUAAUGCAGCGGAGCAAGAGACUAAAGUGUGUAGACGUGAGUCAUUGCUGGCAAAUCAGUCACAUGCAGUGGACAGAAUGCAAAAGGUCAAGUCGAGCGCAAGUUGUCUGGGUGUAGUGAGGAGAUGUGCAA